UCCCCAGUGGUGGCAAUGCAAGUGAGGCGCUUCUACCUGCCCGGACGCAACCCGUGGCAGAGCGGCAACGACUGGAAGUCCACGUUGAAGACGGGCGGCCUGGUGCUGCUGGGCACGGGGGUGCUCGUCGCCUCCACGUCAUUGGCGUUCGGGCUGAUCAUUGCAGGAGCGGCUGGCUUCGGCGUGUACUCGCUGUACCAGAGGUUUUUGGGGCCAUACCGGUCGCACUUCCGGUCGUCGAGUGACCCGUUCAGCAGCGUGAACUCCAAUAUCGACGCGCUCAACGACAUGUUCACGCGCAGUCGACGACGCAGCAAGUCGGCGGCGCAGGACGACCUGGACUCGCUCGUGCAGGGCAUGCCCCUCGUCGUGAGAGGAUUUGUCAAGACUAUCUUCUCGUUCGUGGGGAAGGCCAUGCAGAGCUCUAUGGAGCGGGCUGGGGAGCUGCGUCGACGCACCAAUGAACACUUGCAGGCGAACAAGCGCGUGCGUGACACAAUGGGAGACAACGUCAGCGUCGGUGGACCGGAGCAGUGGAUCGAGUCGACUGUGAAUGGUGCUGGCCGGAUUGAAGCCGUCUUCCCGGUCAACGGGGCUUACGGUUCCGCGCGGGUGACCAUGAAGGCUUCGGUCGGCCAAGGAGGCAACCUCAACUUUACGGAGCUCAAGUAUCGCAAUCGCCAAACUGGAGACGUGAUCGAUCUUUUGCGUGACGCGUCUGUGGGCGGCCGACGGAAGACCGUAAUCGACGCUGAGUACGUCGAUCUGGACGAUGACAACAGCCGAUCCCGGUGG